GUGGUAAGUGGGCUCAAGGGGCACCCCCAGAUCUCAUCCAGCAGAUCACUGCAGCGAUGGACAAAAAGAUGGGGCAACGCAUCAAAGCGGCGCUCAAUGAGAAGGUCCCCAAUGUUGCGGGCAUUGCUCCAGCUACGGAUGCUCCUGCUGUUGUGCCUGAUGGUGAUGUUGUUCGAGCUGCUCGCAUCGAGUCACUCGAAGGGGCGCUCAAACAGAUGGAGCAGAUCGACGAGUCCGACCCUGCCAAGAAGGUCCUGCUCGACCAGCUGCGCGAGGCCAGGCAGGCCCAGCGCAGCUCCAAGCCUGUGCUCCAGCAGCGCACCAACGUGGCCUUCAGGCUCCAGUUGGCGGAGAAGAAACUGCGCAAGACUCAAGAGUCGGUGGCAGCGCAACGUGUGGUUAUCGAGAGCGCUCAGAAGGCCCUCUUGGAUUUUCAGGAGAAGGAGGCGGCCAUGCAGCGGGAAGUGGCCGCCUUGCAGGAGGAGCUGCGCAGGACCAUGCCUGGCUGGCCGCCUUUGACAGUGUACUCAGCUUACCUGUGCACGGCUGCCGGCCUGGAUGAGACCAACGUGCGAAUUUUGACGAUAUUGGGCAGUAGCAUGCAGAAGACCUCGGGCUCGAUCCUUGCAGGCGCGGGCUGGAAUGUUGAAGCGCAGGAGUGCUGCAACUUCAACAACUUGUGUACUGUGCUCGUGCUCGGCUUCGUGUUCUGCCACCAGUUGGUCCUCGCAGGGGGCCUCGCUGGCAUGUUGCUGCACGUGUCCUCGCAGAACAGGCAGCCCAUGCUGCUGAAUAUGAUCCAGUCCCGAGGCCCCGAGAGACUGGAGCAGCUAGAUGGCAUGCGUGGACAGCUGUGCCAGGCCUUGCGGCUGAGGAUUGCGGCUAAGGAGGGGGCCUGGUAUUCAGGGCCCUGGGCGCUUGCAGGCUACGCCUGUGGAGAGGUCGCCGCCGCAGGCAGGGGCCACUUUGCGAAGGGGCGGCCUCGGCGCCAGCAGAAAAUGUCCCAGGCCGAGCGCCGGGCCCGCCGGACGCCCUGCGACAGUGCGGUGGCGGCGUCCUCCGCCCGCGGCACCGCCGCAGAGGCCGGCGCCUUGCACCGAUGCCGCAGCUUGCGCGCCCACUGCGGGCUUCCCGCGUGGGGUGGAACGCCCGAUGGGGCGCCCGUCGCCGAGUCUCGGAGCCGCGCCGCCGAGGUGAUGGCAGAAGAUUCCCACUCGAACGGCACGCUGAAUAACCAGUCGGACGGCGCCAUGGGACUUUUGAUGGCCGCGGACGGGGCAGUUGCGCCAAAACCUGAUAUGCUCACCUACUUCUUCUAUGGGCCCCGUGAAGCGGCAAGACUAGGUCCCGGCCACUGCUGCAUGUCCAUGAGGCAGCUCGAGGGACUUGACUUCAAGACAGGAAUGAAGAAGGACUGGCGAAGGGCUGUUGUAGGAAGAUCGGGGCAUAUUUGGACCGACAUUGGCGUCGAGGCGGUAGUCGAGACGGGUCAAGGGUUUCCAGUUUUUGAGGUGAAGCGUCACGUGCGCAAGGCGAUGGAGAAGCGCGUGCUGCAUGGGCUUCGUGGAAGUUUGGCGUUUCUGACUUUGCCCGCUACGUGCGUCGCGGCCGGUCUUGGCGGGUCGGCUGGCCCCUUUGGCAAGAGUGGCGAGCUGUUCGACAACGGCGACGACGGCAAGCGCGACCGAGGGCAUUGCGUCGGGGAGCUCUGGGGCAUCGUCUACGGCGACGACAUCAAGGAGCACGGCGCUGAGAAGGAGCCCGUCGACUACAUCGAGCGCGCGGAGCCUGCGUGCAUCAUCCUGGAGCUUCCCUGCGCGCCUCGAGAGUUGCCGACGCUCGAGCUCGUGGAGAACAUCUUCGAGAUGCAGUGCGCGGCCGGCAGGUUUUACACCGACGGUGUCGCCGCGUGGAUCGUCGGCGCCCUCGAGGAGAUAGUCAGCCAGGGCCGCCGGGCGCGGCCAGCCGAGGCAGACGACGGCUGCGACGCGCCCGAAAAGUGGCCCAUGGGCGCCCGUGCCAUCGCAUCCGCGACGCCCUCGCAGGGCGCCGGGUGCGCGAAGUGCGCCGGCUGCAUGCGCGCAAAGCCAGCCUUGGGAUCUCAUCGGGUAUCUUGCCUGGCGCCCGUUGGGCGCUUCAACGACGAGCUGGGCGUGGGCGGCCUCUACCUGCGGACCGUGAAGGGGGAGUCCUGCCAGUUCCUGUCCAUCGUCGAGGUAUCGACCGCCUGCCGCGUGGCGCGCUACCUCGAGGUCUGCUGGCCUGCUACUGUGGCCGAGGUCUACAGGGGGCCGUGGGCAGCUGCGCCGCCCAGUGUUGCCAGGCUCGAUCCCGACGGCAUGUUCUACACUGGGUUCCAGGAGGCCAUGGGCUCGAUGGGCAUCCGAGUCAAGGCCAAAAAUCCCAGCGGCAGAACGGCCGCGCUGAGCUGCGCGGAGGGGCUUUUGGGGGCGCUGCUGCGCGAGCCCCGAGUCGCCAGGGUCGUGUGCGAGAGCGGGGGCUUGGUGUUCUACUGGUGGCGACGCAAGGGGCGAAGCUUCGCGAAUGGUGGGGGCCUGCAGGUGUUGCUGGGCCCGCUGGGGCGUCCCACUUCUGGUGAUCUCAUGGCGCCGCCGCUAUUCGCGUUUAGAUCUGGUGGCUCGGGCAAGGCGACGACCCAGACGUCGAGGAAUUCAGCGAACAAGCUGGUGAGAGAGUCCGGGAAGGACCUCCGGCCCAAGUUCGACGAUCAACGAGGUCUGGGGCCGCGAGAUGGAGAAGAGCGGGCUCGGCCGCUGGAGCGGCGCCCCGAGCAGGACUUUGGAGUCGCCUUGCGGGGGCUUAUGCAGGGUCGAGCUUUCGACGUCGCCGAGGGCCGCGCCGCCGAGUUCGGCGAGUUCAGCCUCCGCCCAGCCUGCGCUGCCCAAGCGAGGCUGAGUUCAUGGAGAGGUGGGCGGCUCGUCAAACUAAAGCGCCACGUGCACCGAGCGGCGCCCUAUCCCGUGCCGCUCCGUGCUCGAGGUCAUCCGGGGCAUUCCGUGCAUCUCGUGAACUACAGCCUCGGCCUCAUGUCCAAGAGGAGUUGUGGCGCGACCAGGUUGGUGAAACGGACGCUCGAGAAGGAUGCGCCUUGGUCGGCCAUGCCCGAGAAGGACGAGCCUCUGUUUCGCGAGGCAGCUGAGCUACAAUGGAAACAGUGGGGGAGCUACCACGCCGUCGAGCCUUCGCGCGUGGAGGAAAGCUUAGAGGUUUGUGAGCGCUUUCUUCCGAUCAGGAUCUUGACGUCGAGGUACCUUCGCCGGAACGAGAAUGCCCGUGUCAAGGGCGCGCCGAUCAAGCCCAAGGCGAGUUUGUGGUUCGGGGGCCACAACGACCCCGACUCCAUCAUGGGCCUCAGUACUGACGCGCCUGCGGUCUCGAGGCGCGUGCUCAGCUUCCUGUCGGUGGCAGCCGCCUAUGAGUUCGAAAUCGAGGCUACAAACGUACGUACUUUUCCCGCGAGAUCAAAUUCCCGCAG